GCUGUUGAUUUGCACACCUGUUCGGAUUGCCUGCGGCUGACCAGACGUCUGUGAACUGCGACUGAUCUGUACCUGAUCCUGCUGACCUGUGGCUGAUCCAGUUGACUUUUGGCUGAUCCUGCUGACCUGCGGCUGAUACCCCAAUACCCUGUCUUGUCUCUGUUCUACCUAUUGUCUCUGCCUUCCUUCUGUCUAAGCCCCAUAAUUCGCUGAACCCAUUUCAGAUCGACAUGCCGAAAAAGGGCAGGAGAUCACAGUCCGUGAAGUUGUCCUGGGAGCGACGUGCUAAAACACGUAGCUCCCAAGCACCUCUUCCACCUUCUGCUGAUAUCUCUGCCCGGCAUGAGCGUGCUGUUGAAGCAACUGACAGACUUACAAAUGAUUUGCAAAUGAACAACUAUGAUACAAACGACAAGCAAAUGAUAACAAACGAUAUACUACACUCUGAGAAGAAGAUCGCUGCUGAUGUUUCCAUUGAUGUAACGGUACCAGUGCAACAGGAUUUGGUAAUGUACGUGAUGGCAACUCACAGCCAAGACCAUCCGAGAUACGGCCAAUCCAGAAACAGUCAAUGUGUGGCUAAUUCUGUAACGUUUUUGGCUUUCCUGCAGGAUAUAAAUAACUUGACUACGUCUGACCUGGAUGCUGUUCUCAGUGUGGGUAAUGAACUGUAUACAUGUACUGUGGCUGCAUUGAAAGCCCGAGGAUGCUUUCUAAACAGUUUUUUGACGGUUGAUGAACUUCCAGAGAUUGUAAGCAGUUCCACAAAACAGCAUGUGUUAAUUAGGAGUAUGUCAAUGUGUGGGUUUUUCACCUCUUUCCAUGGAGAUGCGCUCUUUCUGAACCUUUGUGACAGACUUGAGUGCUUGACAUCUGAGGUCUGUUGUGCUCUUCUGAUUAUGCAGACGACGUGCAUUGCUGUUUUCCGUGACCGCCAAGGCAAGUACGGAUAUUUUGAUCCCCACUCUAGAGGACGAGAUGGCCUCCCUGCUCCCAAUGGCACAGCUGUCAUGAUGCUUUUCGUGCGUCUGAAUGACCUUAGAAAUAAAUUGACAGAGCUCUACACGCGUUUGGAAUGUACCUGUAAUUCUCAGUAUGAGCUUGUACCGGUUCAGUUUGAACCUAUUGAUGUUCCUACAAAUGACAUUGAGAUGGUGCCAUGUACUUCAUUGCAAUCUGUGCUGGGAGAUGUUGACGACGACGGUGUAAGCAAAGCUGUUUCCGAGACUUCAUAUUUGGAGAUGAGUGAUUCUACAACACCUGCUGGCGAACAACGUCACUGCGACGAGUUGAUCGAUGAGGAUGGCGAAGUGGUUUCUUGGACUACAGGUAAAGAGCUCCAACGCUUGUCAAAAAUUCCGAAAUCAAGUAGGAGAAAAUUUCUAAGACGAAUGAAGAAACAGGAAAGUUUGAAUGCUAAAUCUGAACAAAGACUUACAAAACAGGAACUAAAGAGAAUAAAUAAAAAUCUGAGAAAUAAGGAAAGGUACAGUCAAAAUUUAGAGACAAGACAGAGGAAGAGGUGUUAUGUUACAAUGCGUUAUCAGCAAGACGUACAUUUUCGCGCGAAACAAAGGUCGUAUUAUACACAGCGUUGUAAGACUGAUCAUAUCUUUAAGAAGAAAAAUCAUUCCCGCUUCUUACUUCGUUAUAAGACGGAUAAUUGUUUUCGAAUGGGACGAUGCACCUACAGAACGCAACGCUACCGUGACGACCCUGAGUUUAAUGCAAGGCAACGUUCCUACGUAAUGCAACGUUACCAUGACGACCCUGAGUUUAACGCAAGGCAACGUUCCUACGUAAAGCAACGUUACCGUGACGACCCUGAGUUUAACGCAGUGCUUCUCAAAUAGUGGGGCGCGCCCCCCUUGGGGGGCGCGGUGCUAUUCCUGGGGGGGCGCGUGUGACCCUGGGGAACAGGCUUUUUUUUGGCAGUACUAGAAUAAAGUGUAAUUGCGCGUUUACUACAGCAGGGGGCAGUGGCGCUCUCAUUGUUACUUCUGUCACGUUUGCGACAGUGCAACAUUUUACGACUUACAAGACAAGUUAGGAUAGUCACGGUGGGGAGGGGGGGCGCGAAUAGUUUUCUUCUUGCUAGGGGGGGGCGUAACAGAAAAUAA